AUGGCUCCUCCAUCGGCACCACCACCAUCAGCACAGAAACAAACCCCGACAACACGCCAGAGCGGCUCUCACCAGUUCGCCUCGACCCCGCGGUUCAAUGUCUCGGAAACUCCCGGGCAGAAGACUCGCCACCAGCAGCAGCUGCUGCCCCUCUUCUCGACUCCUGCGCCUGCAACGGCCAGGCCCAGAGCAACCCAGUUCGAGAGCGACGCUAUCGACACAUCGCCCAUCUCACCAGGGUUUCGGGAAGAUGAAGAAGAAGCUCUGAGCCAGCACUCGCUCAAUGAGUCCAUCGAGAUUGACUCCCCCUCGGCAUCAAAGUCACUAUCUGGGGAGGGUGCUGAGCGGCCACCAAAGCGCCGACGGGUGUCCAUCUCACCCGACCUGGACUCCAACCCUGCCCAUGAUGGUGAUAGCCUCGUCUUCAGCGUCAUUUCAGAUGAGCUAAUGGCUUUGGACGACGGGCUUACAGAGGUGGCGCACACCCCUUCUGCAGAUGAGCACGAGAAGAGCCCGUCACAGCCCCCAACAGACCAGGAGCACCCCAUGACGGACUCGGAGCCAGCUUCGCCGAGCGAGCCUGCAGCCCGUCACCCCCCAAAUUUCCGAGCUGCGCCGCGAUUUAGAGCUACAGACGCAGCUACAGAAACCACAGCAGAUCGUCCUCCCCUCCCCGAUGCAUUCUCUCCCCAGCGGCGAGGUGCGAAGUACGUCCCUGGCGGCCUGGCCGCGGAAGUACGCGACUGGCUUGUGCAGGUAAAAGGGGCGUCCGAGUAUGACAGGCCAGCUGGUGCAAGUGUCCAGAUGAAGGUUGACGAGGUGAGGGACGGCAGUGGCAUGUGGAUUGUCGGGGCUCACGAGGUCGAGAAAUCAUCUGCGCGGGACGAUGGAAAUUCUGCAAAGGUGAUACUAGCCGGUGACGGGCGCAUAUCUGCGCUGGGCAGAAGAAACUUCGUACGAACCGGCGGCAUGGUGUCCAUGUACCAGCCAAUGUGGGACAUCAACCUCAGCCACCUCGGCCACUUUGCUGUAGUUUGCGACUGGGAGGCUCCGGACUGA